CGUGAAGGGCGUGGCGUGUGUGGGAUUAUCGUCCGCCGCCAAAUUCAAACAGAGAAAGAAAAGAAGAGAAGCAGCAGCUGAAACUCACAGGACAGAGGAAAUAUCACAACUUCCAGCUCAGUCAGCAUGUCGUCUUCAGUGAUGGAUGGAGUCGGUCGUGUUGUGGUGGGAGUGUGGCGUGCACACACCGUCCUGGACGAGUCUGACUGUGCAGAGAGUUCACCAGAAGCCCCAGACCGCUUCCGCAAGCUUCGGUCCUCGUCUUCACUGAACUCCCUGCGCAUGUCUUUGCGCAAGCGUCUCCCGCUGCGUUCUGUCCAGGCCAACUCUCUUCCUGAGAAUCUGACCCAUGAACCAGAGAAGCAGCAACCAAAACCCAGCACCAUGCGCAAACUUACACGCAGUGCCCGGAACUCUGUCACUGAAGUCUACCAGAGACUGCAGAGGACGAAAGAGUUCUCACGGGAGGAGUGUUUGGUGGCGACCCCGGGUAAGAUGUGUGAUGGUGACGGGCCAAGUGCAUCAAGUUCUCGCACUCCUAAAUGUACUCCUGGCAGACGUGCGACCCCCAAACGUACCCCGAGAUCAGCUGCCAAGCCCGGACGCACUCCAGGUUCACGGGGGAGGAAGACUCCUGAGGCUGGAGGACGCGGGGUGAAAACAGGAGGAGGCCGGAGGCAGCUUGUCCGAAUGGCUGCUUUACGGAGUCCAUUUGCCUCACCCAACACACAGAACCAGAGGCACAAAUUCGACAAAGACUUGGAGUCUGUGUCCAGUGGACUCGGAAGACUCAAAUAUCUGUCCAGGGCCUUCAAUGACAUGAUUGGAAGAGAUGACAGAACCAGAACACGAGAACGUUGUGGAGGAGCAUUGAUGAGGAAGUUGGACCCCAGCGGUAAACUCAGUCGCUCAAACCUAACACAUCGAGCCACAAACCUCUCAAACACCCUGGGAGGUUGGGCGCACACAGCUGUGAACACUGUGUGCAAACCCAACUAAACUGCAUGCGUGUGUGUGUGUACAACACGGGACCUUUUGUAGCCAUGUUUCCCAUUUCUCGUUGUGUUACUGUGGGAAUGUAAAACUGUUCCAUGGCUCUGUGCUUUCUCUUUUAUUUAUGUGAUGUGUAGUUACCAGCAUCUAUAGUCUGUAGGUAUUGUGUUUACAUGUCUCAGGUUGGCGAGCGCUGGAUCAAAUGUCCUCAUUGUAGAAGGGUUUUUCUAUGUGUCCACGUUAUAGCUGCUACAGCCAAAUGUCUUGUUACAUUUUCAGAAUACUAAUAUUGCUUGUGUUUAUACUCCUGUAUCUGCAGAUUACAACUAAUACUAAAGUUACUGACAAAGGAAAGAGAAGUCUUUCACUCACUUUAUACGUAUGUAAUAAUGUUCCUAACAUUUCUUUUUUUACGUGUCAUUUGAUUAUACCAAAUAGUAAGUGCAUUUUCUAUGAAGGGAGACCUUUUUUAUACAUAAAGCGUAGCCAGUAUUUGAAUAGGAAUUUUCUUUUUCUUGACACUUUAAAUGUGCUGUGGAUAAUUCACACAGCAACAGUGCCCAUUAAUCAUUUUAGAAUGUUAGAGGGAGGAUGUAAUGGUUCAUUAAGUGAUGAUGUUGUGAAGCCUUAUUGAGGGAGUUGUUAGUGUAGUGAAUGUCAAGCAAAUGGCCUUAAAUGAAGAAAAGAGAGACUUUGUGUUUGAAUGUGAAAAAAGUUGCACCCAUUAAAAUCUUUAAGCUCCAUCAA